AUGGCCUCUGCCUUGCCCCACAAGGAGGAGGUUGCCCAGAGCUCCCCAGAGGUGGAGAAGGAGGAGGAGCAGGAGGCUGCAGUGAAGGAGGUGGCCAGUCUGAGCCUGCUGAGCUGUGUCUGUGGUGUGCUUUCUGCAGCUCGUGCCUCCAGCAAGGCAGCCCUGCGCAGGUGUGAGUGUGCUGCUGCAGGGCAGGGGGUGCUCGGUGUGAAGGCCAGCUGUGUGCAGCCCCACGUUGCUGCAGUGAGUGAGUAUGCUGCCAGGGGUUUGGAUAAACUGGGGGAGAAGCUGCCACUCCUUCCAAAGCCAGUGGGACAGAUUCUCUCUGACACAAAGGAGCUGCUGUCAGCCAGAGUAGCUGAGGUGAAGGAGGCUGUGAGCAGCAGAGUGCUGGAGGUGCUGGAUGUCACCAGGGACGCUCUGCAGGGCAGUGAGGGGGCUGCCACACCUGCAGUGACCAGCGCUGCUGGGCUGGGGCCUGCAGAGGGACAGAGGGGUGUCUGUGGAGCAGAGGCUGUGCUGGGGACAGCAGAAGGUGGCUCUCUCCCCAUUGGAAAUGAGGAGCUAGCCCAGCUGGCAGAGUGUGAGGAGGGCACGGCCGUGCCCCUGCCGCAGCACAGGAGGUACCUUGUGCGCCUGGGCUCUCUCUGGCAGGAACUGCGCCUCUCUGCCCAGCUGCACGCCACAGCCAGGAUCAAGCAGCUCUGGCAGGGCACGCAGGGGGCCCUGGCACAGCUCCUCUGCAUCCUCGAGCUGGCUGAGGCGUUUAAGCAAGGAUUUAAUCAAAAGCUUCAGGAGGAGCAGGAGAAACUACACCAGAUGUGGCUAGACUGGAGUAGGAAGUAUCUCAGAGAGAGUGGAGAUGAAAGCCCUGUGGAGCCAGAUGAGAUGGAGUGUCUGAUACUGCUGAUGGCUCGCAGGAUUGGCCAGCAGCUGCAGCUCUCCUGCUCUGGGGUGGUGGCUGCCAUGCAGGUCCCCUGCAGCCUGCAGCACAAGCUGAAGCAGGCUCUGGCUGCCAUCCAGGAGCUGCAUGCUGCUUUCUCAAAGGCCAACUCCUUCCAGGAUUUGUCCAGCAGUGUCCUGAGCCAGAGCGAGCUGGCUGUGAUCCAGGAGCACAUGGAGGAGCUGCUGGAUUACCUGAAGAACAACACUCGUCUGUCCUGGCUGGUGGGACCCUUCUUCCCCAGGGAGGAGGAGGAGGAUCAAUCCUCCCAGGAGGAGGCAGGGGCAGCAGGAGCUGGGCACCUGGAAACCUCCAGCACCUCCAUGUAA